UUCCUCGAACGUUUUUCUUGAACAGCAUUAACAAAAUGGAGACUUCAUUGCGAGAAAGGAUCCUCAGCUUUGCUGAUGUUAUAAUGAGAGUGCCACCUUUAUUUAUUAUUGAUGAGUUACUCAGAAUCGGUCUUGGAUUACCUAAUGAUAAUAUUGUACUGGACAGUACUGAAAAUGGUUUCAAAACUACCAAUGUAGGCACAAUUGUUAAUACCAUUUCUGCAGUUACGACAGACGCGUUCUUGAUGGACCAGUUUGACUUAACUCGCUUUACUUACAAAACUUAUUUGAUAAUCAUAUUCAAAUUUUUAUCCUGUUGUCUGGGAUGCCUUGUAGCUUUAUACACAUUUAUGUUAUGUACUAGGCAUUUAAUAAUUGUAUACCUAUAUUUAAUAUCUGUUGGGGUAAUAUUUGUAUCAUAUUGGUCAAAUGUUAGUACAAUGAAAGCAAUUAUAGCUUACAUGAAUUCACAUGAACCUGCAAUCAGCAUACUUGACAAUAUAUUAUCCCUGAAUUUAUCAGACGUUCUGUAUAAUGGUCCAGGUUUACUGAUUAUUCAGAACUAUAUACUGCAAUGCCUAUUAGCCAGUAUCUUUUGUUACAUUCAUCUUGCCCCAAGACAUCCUGUGGUACAAAAACUGCUUGUACUAAGUUUUAUGUCACCAUCCAUUUUGGGCAUUCAUCCCUUACCGGUACAAUAUUUAUAUCAUGCGCCAGUAUGUGCGACGUUGAUUCCAUUAGCUGUGUGCAAAUUUAUCAUCUGGUAUAAUGGCAUCUCUAUAUUAAGAACAAUCUACAUGGGCUAUCGGCAUGCACACAACUUCAUAAUCAAUUAUGGUUUAUCCGCUCUUGCGGAAACAGAAUGGAUGCGUCUGAACGUACCAUGCGUGCUUCGUACAUUUUGGAUGUUACGAAUGGGAGAACAGGUUAUCCAAAUCCUUGGAAAUCACUAUGGCGAAGAAACAUUUAAUUAUUACGUCAUGGUCAGGACACUAUUGGUAAAUGGUUGCGAAACUUUGACAGCUGUUCUCGGUAUGACCAGCAUAAUUUCGUUCAUCUGCCACUAUAUCGGCUGUUUCUUCCAAUGGGUGCUGCUGACAGAAGAUGAGGAUGAGAAGAGUAUUGGCACAGUAUCCGCUAUAUUGUUCUACAUUCUUGCUCUGCAGACUGGAUUGACAAGUCUUGAUAGAGAAAAACGUUUAGUACGAUUGUAUCGUAAUUUUUGCCUAUUGUUUACGGCAAUUUUACAUUUUGUGCACAAUAUAGUGAAUCCACUUUUGAUGUCGCUCAGUGCUUCUCAUAACCCGGCACUACAUAGGCAUUUGCGGGCUUUGGCAGUUUGUGCCUUUCUAAUAUUUUUUCCCGUAUCAUUACUUAUAUUUCUCUGGUCUCACUUUACGGUGAGCACGUGGUUAUUGGCCGUAUCGGUUUUCAGCAUCGAAGUAAUAGUCAAGGUAUUGGUCUCGCUGGCAAUUUAUUCGCUCUUUCUGAUCGACGCGUAUAGAAGUGCAUUCUGGGAACAAUUUGAUGAUUGUGUAUACAUUAUAAGAUCAUUUGGCAACACUGUAGAAUUUGCUUUUGGCAUUAUACUAUUCUUCAACGGUUUCUGGAUAUUAGUCUUCGAAUCUGGUGGAGCUAUUCGUGCCAUCAUGAUGUGUAUACAUGCUUAUUUUAACAUCUGGUGCGAAGCGAAGGCCGGAUGGAGGGUGUUCAUGAAGCGGCGCACGGCUGUGAACAAGAUCAACUCUUUACCGGAAGCGAAUGCCGAUCAGCUUGAACAACUCGACGAUGUUUGCGCAAUUUGCUAUCAGGAAAUGCAAAGCGCCAAGAUCACACAGUGCAAUCAUUAUUUUCACGGUGUAUGCUUGCGAAAGUGGCUGUAUGUUCAAGAUCGAUGUCCUCUCUGUCACGAUAUAUUAUAUAAAGUUGAAAACGUGCAAAGCAGAGACAAUGACAUUCUUGCAGUUGAGGAAGACAGAAGAAACGGCAUUGAAAUGUAGAAAUUGCGCUUUCGGGAUUAUAUUUUUCUUCAACAGUUUCUAGAAACUAAUUUUUGAAUCUGGUGGUGCCAUUACGAUAUGUACAUACAUGUUUACAAAAUCUCAUGCAAAGUAAAGACUGGAUAGAAUAUGUUUAUAAACCAACAAACAAGUGUGUUUGGAAACUAUUCACGAGAUUUACUAGAGAAAUGCAAAGCUCAUUCAAAGCUUAUCCAGUAAGGACUAUACGUUAAAGAUUCUCGUUACUACGAUAUAUAUUACGCAAAGUUGAAGACGUGCAAAACAAAGAUAGUGGCCCUUUCAGCGGCGGUUGAAAAAAAAAAUGAUAUUGAAAAUAACGUAUUUUUGUGCAUGCUAAACAAAAUUUGAAUGUUUAUUUUUAUCAGAAGGAUCAGAGACUACUGAUUGGAUUUAAAAGAUAUAUGAAGCGGCAUGUAAACUGAUAAAUAAAUAUAUAUAUUCACAAUUUUUAAAUCACAAAGCACCAGAAGCCUAGAAAAUUUUACUCUUUGUAAAUCGCUCAGAUUUGAUUAUCACGAAGCAUCGUAAAUUGUAAGUAUAAUUACUAUGUAAGAACUCUCAAGUCUUUCGUCCAGUUUCAUGUAAAAUCUUGUAAAUAAACUAGAGCAAUUACUUAGGAGAAAAAAAAAAAAAA